AUGGAGCCACCUCCACCACCGCCGCCGCCGCACGGAUCCAAUCCUCAAGGCGGCGGCAGGUCAGGCGGUCUUCCUGACGGGAAAUAUGACAUUUUUGUCAUCCCUCCACACUCUGCAGGCGCAGGCUUCUUGUACCUUCCUUCUCUCCAGACCCAGCGCAAUUCCUUCUUGGCUGGAGUCAUAUGUACAGCAUCCGCUUUCUUCAUCUACUAUACUGCUGUGCCCGUGGUCAAAGAAUGGCUGUUUAGCACCCUUCACAGUGGUGGGACGGGCGUCUUUACCCUGGUUUGCGGUGUUGCAGUGUUGGCUUGGGCGCUCGGCAAGACACAGGGUGAAUGGCAACAGCCGAAUCCUUCCAGUCGCUCUGGUCCCAGUCAUGGUGCUGGUGGCCAGGGUCAAGGCCAUAGAGGAUACGGCAGCGCUGGCUCAUACCCUCACUCAGGCCCUCAACCACAGCCUCAAACGCACGCUCCACCACCGCAACCUCCGCCUCCGCCGCCACCACCUCAUCAUGGAACGCAAGCUCCGCCUCAACCACCACCUGAAACCAGCAGCCCUCCUCCUCAGUCAUCAUGGCAAAGACCACCGCCACAGGCCAACACGAAAGCCAAUACCACAAACGCGAAGUCAAGCUGGGAGAAGGCAAGAGAAGAGACUAGGAAGAGGGAAGAGGAACGAAAACGGGCCGAGGAGCUGAGAAAGCGAAGAGAGGAACUGGAGAAAGAGAGGCAACGACAGAAAGAGGAGUUGGAAAAACAGCGGCUCAAAGCUCGGGAGAAGGAACUACGAGAGAGACUCGAGCGCGAGCUGAAAGAGAAAAAAGAGCGGGAAGAGAAAGAUCGUCUGGCGAAAGCUGCUGCAGAAGAGAAGGCCGCCGCUGAAAGAGCGGCAGCUCAGGCCGCUGAGCGAGAAAGAGAGAAGCUGGAGAGAGAGAGGCUGGAGAGGGAAAGGGUGAGGCUGGAGGAGGAGAAGGAGAAGCUGAGGCAAGAACAAACUGCCCAGCACGCUGCCCGAAGUGCUGCACAACGUCCCCCCAUGCCUUCUGCGGCGACAGAACGAGAAGACGACGCAUACUCGUUCAGACCGUACGAUCGGCCCAAGCGAACGCACAAGGCCAACUCGGCGGCUUCGAUGUACUCAGAGUCCUCAUACGCACCGUCAGUCAGCACUGCGAAAACCACGCCGCCGCCCUCGGUGCGUGGACCAUACUCAACGAAGGACCCGGAGAAGAUCGUGAUCAAAGGGGUCUAUACCUUCAACAAUGCAUUCUCGCGCACUCCAAUUGCUCAGCUUGUGUCUGGUCAAGGUAAUGUCACAGAUGGACUGAUUCUCCGGAUCACCACUGAAGGUCUCUUCGUCGAUGACGACGUACGGGGCGUGGGCCAACGAGAAUGGGAUAUCAAGGCUUGGACUAUGAAAUCGGCAGAGGUAUGGUGCCCCAAUGUUUCUCCCCAAGGAAGUGACGUGAAGACUACUCCCCAGAAAAGGACCUUCUCCCUUGGACUUGGAUUGAAUGCCGAUUCGAGGCGAGAAACACCUUCACCGUCGCAGAGCGAAUCUUCUGCUUUCGUCAUCAACCUGAUGAAAGCGUGCGGAGGGAAGUGCAAGGGGUCAUCUCGGGCUCAUGCUCGGGCCUCAAUGCACAGCUCUCGCCCUUCGUCUUCUUGGUCUUCUCGUUCCUCACUUGAUGUCCCCGCAGGCGGACAUUCUACCGAAUCAUCUGAUACUGACUGUGCUGUCAAACAGAGCUGCGAGUUAUCGGGGUUGCACGUCCUCCGCGCAUGCAUACGCGAUCAAGAAGGCAAAAAAUACGUCUUCAUCUUGUCCCAAAGCGAAGGGUGGAAGGUUGCUGUUGGGCUGCAGAAGUUAAGACGCGGCUCACAAGUUCGCGCCUUGGGCGUGGCGGGCAUGCCGAUGAAUGAAGGAAAGGCGAUUCUGGAGAACUUGGGCUUCGCAUAG